CAUCAUUGCAACGUUAGAGUGCUACUUAGUCGCAGCAAUACUAUUGGAAAUGCAUCCCACCUCGUGUGAAGUGAGGAUUCCGGCAAAAACAUACUGAUACCGUAAUGUGUAUCGCCUUUGCAGUAUGUCCGUAUACUGCUGCUGAGGAUUAUGCAAUCAGAACUACGCUGGCCUGUACCAAUCACUCGCGCCGGCGCCCGUUCCAACCAGAAACCUACGGAGGCCGGCCUAAACCUCCUCACAUUCACGCUCGUCCAAUUCCUGCUGUUGGCGUUGGCUUCGGGAGCUUUGUGCAGGGGACGGAGAGCGGCGUUAACCCUUCCCAACUUGCAGCGCGUCCAACCGCCGAGCCGGCUAGCGGAGCAUGGACGCCACGGCAUGCUCCCAAGCGUGCUUCAAGCAGCACGGCUUAUGAAAGGCCAGGGGUGCUCGGUCAUAACGCCAAUAGUAGUGACGGCCAAACCCAUGUUUCUUCGGAUACCGUAUCCAUACCUUCAUCCGGAGCCUCCCUAAGACCUACCGGAGCCCUCAUCACACGUCACAUUGCUGCGACGCGGUCAUGGCAUGAGUUGGCUGCGAUCACUGAGGAGUACGGCCCCACAAGAGCGCUUAAUGACAUCCACCUGGCUGCUGCUCUGGCACGUCUGGCAAAGCUAAACCUCAACGAGCCUAGACCUCAGCCAAGCAUCAGACCGCAUGCGUCGCCAUCCUCCUCCCAAUACGACCAGCCCACGGAGCAAAAAGGGCCGAAACUGCAGCAGCAUGUGCAGCAGCAGCGAGCGCAGCAGCUGCCGUCGACCCUACAACGGCAACGGUUGGCGGAACUGCCCCCCACCGGCCCGCAGGGCCAACUGGUGCUGCCCGGUCGGUUACAACAAUGCAGCACCGUUCCGCAGCUAAACGGCUUACAGUACGGCAGCCCACAUGCGCCGCCGUCAGCAGUAACGCCAGGGCGCAUAACACCCCCACCGCCGCCGCCGCCGCCUCCGUCAGGGCAACCCAGUGUUGCCCUUCAGUCAACAUCGGGGCUCCAAUCACGCUAUAGUCCUGGCAUGCAGCCUCCAGCCAACAAAUCACCGCAACCAACACCGCCGCCACCGCCACCCAUAACGCCACCGCUCCAUAACGCUCUGGGGCAUGGGCCGGCCUACCUGUCAUCCGCUGCCCCACUGCCUUCACCACAUGCGUUGCCGCCGCGACACGCACCACCACCACCACCACCCGCCGGGCCGCCACGCAGCACGCCACACGCAACCCCAGCCGCCGCCGCUGCUGAACCCGCGGCCCCACCGGCUUCGUCGCCCUGGUCCCUAGCUUCUUCACCCGAGGAGCUAUUCCUGUCGCUACUGGAAACCCUGGCCCGCCGCUGUGGCAGCGCCCCUGUCCCCUCAGGCUCGCAAGCAGCCCCCACGGCGAGUGCUGGGUACAGCCACGGCAGCGGCAGCAACGGCACUCACAAGCGGGGACCUAGCCAUGGUGCGACCCCAGGAAGGGACCCACCAUGGUCACCGCCGCAGCCACGCGUGCUGGCCAAUGCCACGUGGGCCGCCACACGCCUGCUGCUGCAGCUCUGGCCCAAGAUGAGGCCGCCCAAAGCGGCUCCGCACCGGCUUCAGCAGCAGCCCCUUGUCGCCAGCAGCAUGCAGCGGUACCAGCCGACCGCACACGGCAUGACUUCCACACAGCCGUCGCCUUCAUCCGCCCGCGAUACCACAGUCGGGAGCCCAGUGCACAUGCCUGCUGCAGCAGCAGCAGCCGCUACCGGUCCCCAUGCGUCGCGCAUGCAGCCACCACCGCACGAGCGUGCUAGGGCCGCCUUGUGGGCCCUGUUGGGCCGCGUACCGGACGUAGGGCCCUCGCUGGAGCCCCAACACAUCUCCAGCCUGCUUUACUCGCUGGCGCAGAUUGCAGAGCGGUUGCCUGAGGUCCUGAUGGAGGAGGAAGAGCAGACGGAAGGGCGAGGCAGUGUGGGACAAGGCUGGCCGAGCGCGCACGAGGGAACGCGGGCGGGACGCGGAAACGUGGAGGACGCUGGACAGGAGCAGGUCGAACGGCCGCGGGUGGAACGGCUAGUACGAGCGCUGCUGGAGGCUAGCUUACCGCGGUUGGACGCGUUUGGCCCUCAGGCCUUAUCCAACACGCUCUACUCGCUGGCCGUGUUGAGAAUUUCGCCGCCUCAAUCCUGGAUGGACGCCUGGCUGCCUGGCGCGGAGCGCCAGUUGCUGAUGGCUGACCCGCAACAUAUUUCAAACAUGUUAUGGGCGCUCGCACGGCUCCGCUUCCAACCGGGCGACGGCUGGCUGCUUGCAGCGUUGCAGGCCGCAGCACUCAAGGCCCCUGCGUUCACGAC